UACCUCUUUACUUCCGGGGUAUUCGGUCGUUGGAGCGUCGCGGUAGUCAUGUUUUUGCGUUCGUGAUACUUUUUGGGGAACGUGCUUUGUUUUGCUGAAAAAGGGGAUAUUUUUCCGCUUCUUUAUAACAUUACUUUAUUUUUACCGCCACAAUGACUGAGGAUGUUCAGAAGCACUCAGUCCACACUCUGGUCUUCAGAUCUCUUAAAAGGACUCAUGAUAUGUUUGUGUCUGAUCACGCCAAGUCCAUCGCGCUGGAUGAUGAAAGCCACAAGUUGAAGAUGGGGGUUAAACUGAAAGCAGACUACGAUGCAGUGUUACACCUGCCCAUCCUGAAGGAAGGGAAAGACAGAGCCUCACAUCUUUCGGGCAGCAUGGAAGGCCACCAGAACUACGCUCAGCCAGGUGAGGACCCAGAAUACCUGAUCACUGGGACACAUGCCUACCCGUCUGGACCAGGGGUGGCAUUGACCGCUGACACAAAGAUGCACAGGAAUCCCAGUGACACUGGAGUACACUCCAUGGCGUUAGUUUUACCCCCAUCGCAAGCUAGGCAGGACGCGAGUCGCACAGCAGCCAGUAUUGCUGACAUCCACCGGCAUGCAGGAGGAGCAGAGCGAUCUCACCCUCCGUCAUCUGCAGUGUCGCUCCUGGAGGGAGGUGGCACCAGAAAUUCUACUCUCAUGAGGAGAGCGCCCACAAUGCCCAAACCUCAGUGGCAUCCACCAUGGAAACUGUUUCGGGUCAUCAGCGGUCACCUUGGCUGGGUGAGGUCCAUCGCUGUAGAGCCUGGGAAUCAGUGGUUUGUCACAGGCUCUGCUGAUAGGACUAUAAAGAUCUGGGACCUGGCCAGUGGAAAACUGAAACUCUCUCUGACUGGACACAUCAGCACAGUGCGUGGCGUGGCGGUCAGCAACCGCAGUCCUUACCUGUUCUCCUGCGGGGAGGACAAGCAGGUCAAAUGUUGGGAUCUGGAGUACAACAAGGUAAUCAGGCACUAUCACGGACAUCUCAGCGCAGUGUAUGAUCUGGAUCUGCAUCCGACCAUCGACGUGCUCGUGACGUGCAGCAGAGAUGCCACAGCGAGGGUGUGGGACAUCAGGACGAAGGCAAACGUGCACACACUGACCGGUCACACAAACACUGUGGCCACGGUGAGAUGUCAGGCAGCAGAACCACAAAUUAUCACAGGGAGCCACGAUUCAACCAUCAGGCUGUGGGAUCUGAUUGCUGGGAAAACCAGAGCAACUCUUACAAACCACAAGAAGUCUGUGCGAACUCUGGUCCUGCACCCCAGACAAUAUACUUUUGCCUCUGGAUCUGCCGAUAACAUCAAGCAGUGGAUGUUCCCAGAUGGAAACUUCAUCCAGAACCUGUCGGGCCACAACGCCAUCAUCAACACUCUGGCUGUUAACUCUGAUGGCGUGUUGGUGUCUGGAGCCGACAAUGGAACUAUCCACAUGUGGGACUGGAGGACCGGAUACAAUUUCCAGCGUAUCCACGCAGCCGUGCAGCCCGGAUCUCUGGACAGCGAGUCGGGAAUCUUCGCUUGCAUGUUCGACCACUCUGAAAGCCGACUGAUCACCGCAGAGGCUGACAAGACCAUUAAAGUUUACAAAGAGGAUGACACCGCUACAGAAGAAAGCCACCCAGUCAACUGGAAACCAGAAAUCCUCAAGAGAAAAAGAUUCUAAAGAUUUUUUAUUUGUUUUUCUUGUCACAGUAACAGCAGUGAAUUUUAUUCCCACCAACUUUUUGUUUGCUCGUGCUUUUUCCGUCAGGCAAACUCUCAGCUUUGACAGAAGCAUCCCUCUUCAUUCUAAAAACCAUUUGCAGUCCUCGUUGUAUGAUGUUAGUCCGAUAAAGCUGCCGUUCUGGACUGCCAGGAACCUCCCCGAGUGUUUGUUCUUGAUGAUAACGGCUCUCCGAUAGCUGUGAUCCGACUCGUCCACCAACAGAAGCCACUCUUCACCUUCAGAAGGACAGACUUCAGAGUGGACCUGCUCCCUGCUCGAGUCAAACCCUUCAAAGGAAAAGUGUUUGGCAGUUUUAGCCAAGAAAGAAAAAACUUGUAUUGUUUCAGCAGAAUUGGCGGUUGUACAGACAUGGAAAGUUUAUUAUGCUCCAUUUGAAUAAAGACCACAUUUUUCACAUG